AUGAACCAUGUGUUACUGUCACCGUUUACAGAUUCAGAAAAUAGCAAGACAUUGAACUCUUUAUCUCCGGCAGAUUUCAUAUCCAGCCUAAGCUCAAAUUUGGGAAAAGGCGCAACAUCAACCCGACUGGUUGACAGCGAUGCAACCGUGAACUUCUAUAAUAGCUCCAAUGAUCGUGGAGAUAUAUGGGUCACUCCAGAUAGAAGAACUGUUGAGUGGUGCGUGGAUGAUCAAUGUAUUAGGAGAUUUCACUAUGAUAACGACGUGAUCAAGGCCAACUUUGUGGAUUUCGCGACCUGCAAUGACUGUUUAGUGAUUGUAUUGCAAGACAUGGCACAUGUGUACUAUAUAGCAAAGGGUGAUUCAACCACUGUUUGCUUCCCGUUCCCGGUGUCCAAUGCAUUUUGGUGUCUCCAGGGUAUAGUGCUUGAAAGAAAGCUACCGGGAAACGUUGAGUUUUAUGAUUUAUCGGAUCUCGAUAUUCAGCAUAGGUUCAUCACCUUGUCGGAUCCGAUGGCGCCAUUCGGACAUAUAGAGUUCUCAAAUAAAGAAAAAGACGGCAAGAGUUUCAAAAAACUGCAGAACCUAAGCAUGUUGGCUUUUCCCAGUGGGGAAAACUAUCAUAUUGCAGUACUAUUUGAUCAUGUGGAACUUAAGCUACACUUUUAUUACACUCAAUUGCGUUUAAAUUCCAAAAAUAAUGACUCGGCCAGUACCGUUUUAAAUUCUCCAGACAGCAGAAAAGAGUCGCGUUUAGAUAAUGUUAGCUCUGUAAGCAACAGCACUAAAAAUUUGCGAAAGGUAUCAAUACUUAACAGGAGAGCUGCAUCCGUUAAUAUGACUCAGGAUAUCAAUGAUUCCUCCGUGUUAUUGCCAUCAGGAAAAAAAAAUCAAGAUUCUCAACCGCUACCGCCGUCCCAUUCAUAUCCUCAUAAUACUCGUAGAACUGCUUCGGCGACUUUGGAUCGUAUGAGUGGUGCAACUUCUAUGGCUGCAGCAUCUCCUAAUAUUGACUUUUCUCUGAAUCAAAAUCAGCAAAACUUACAGCCCUCCCAUAUGCCAGCUCAAACUCAAAUGCACAUUCAACAUCAGGGACAACAAUUUGAUCAGCAUCAAAAUCAAAUUGAAUCUCUAAGUCAGGCUAUAACGUCUAAAGCUGACGUUACUUUGACAAAAAUUUCAUCAAUGACGUUGCCACAUCGUAUCUCAAAUGAUCCAUCCAUCAAGUUGAAAUGCAUCCCUAUAAGAUUUGAGGAUAAAGAAGGAAUUGCAAUUUUUGAUCCCAAAACUCGUUUUUCCAAGAUUUGGCUGAUAGAUUUACUUCCUGAGAUAAUUAAUUCGAUAUCCUUUAAAGUUUAUGGUAAUUCACCACCAAAUUUGAUCAGAUUAUUGAGUUUUAAUGUUGAUGGAGUCAUUACUGAUAUUUUUCCCUACAUAUCAAGUUUUUUAUGUGGCACUUUGGCUAUCGUUUUUGAAUCACACAACGAGUUGUGUCUUUACAAUCCUUUCAUAGAUCUUUCUUCUCCAAAAGAAGCUUUGAAUGAGAGGAUAUGUUUCAUAUCUGAAAAGCGAAUGGUAAAGAACAAAUUUCAACCGACGGGGAUAGUCCCCGAAUACCCAAAAAAAGAUUUACAAUGCUUACCGACUCUUUUUCCAUUACCCAAAAGGAGUUUGGUCAAACAUUGUUUCGGUGCAAUGAAAUGGAUUUGCUCACCUAUAGUCUUAUUUUCUGUAAUAUUUUCAUGGCAAUCCUUAAUGAGCAAGUCACAGCCAGAAAGAAAAAUCGAUAUCUCUGGGUCUGAAUUUUCUGCUUUUUCCACUGUCUUUGAACUACUCAUUUUAAAAUCAGAGAAGGAAAACUGUGAGCUUGAAAAAACAAAUGGUACACAAGCAUUUAAAUACCUUGAUAAGCUGGACUUGAAAACAUAUCUACCAAAGAUUAUUAUGGGGUUGCACCUUAUUAGAGAAGAACUUUGCCUUAAUAUUUUAUGCAAAGAUGAUAUCACUCGGUUGGGAGAUUUUUUAUCAUUCUUUACAAGUAAAAUGAAUUGGCCUUUAUCUUGGAGAGAAUAUUAUGGAUCACAAAAUUACUCUGCCGAUGAUAUCGAACCACUAAUAGGAGUUUUUGCUCAUCCCUUAGAUGAACCGCCAUCAAUUAUGCGAUCGUUAUACAGUAUCACUGAAAACAGUUAUCUUUCAGUGACGCCAUUCAUCAGCUUUUCCAGACUAGUUGAAAUGGAUUCAGAGAUAGAUCAAAUUGUAACACCACAAAGCUACAAGAUACUAAGAUUAUAUGAGAUGAUACGAGCUCCUAAUUACUCCGAUCAGUUUUUAUUGGAAGUUUUGACAAAUCUGAAGAUUGAAAAAGAAGAUAUUGAACUUUACCCUAUUGGUAUUAUAACUCCUUUGAAAAAAAUGCUGCAAAGAGUUGAAGACAGAUUAUCACAGGCUGGUUCCAGUGUUAAUUUAUCUGUGAUCAAAAGGCAUGAUCUCAAAAGAUAUGUUGGAGCUAUCAAACAUAUCGCAAACGAAAUUGAAAUAGCAUUUGAAAAUAAUGCCCAAAUAUCAAAAAUUGUACCUGGCGGGUUCAAAAAUUAUUCCAUGUCCAAACCUAGAGAUAUUUUUACCAUAUUGUCUGAUGUGGUAAAGAGCAGUCGUCAUUUUAAUACCGAAAAAGGAUUAGUGACUGACAAUUUUCAAUAUACGGAUGAUUUCGACGAAGGGCAUACUUUAAAGUCUAACGCAGCUCUCAUUUUCAGCGAAGACCGAAGGUUUAACGAUGCUCUUACGCUCCUCAUAUAUUACAAGCCUCAUAAUGUCCAGUUCUUUUCAGUUGCCUCUGAUUAUAGAAAAAUACUGAAACAGAAAAAGAAUAUCGCAAGAAUCCUUUCAAUAAGGACCUGUCUCUCUGGUUUGGGUUUAGGUGCUGUAACCUAUUCAACAGAGAAACCAUUGGCAACUCAAAAAUGGAUGAAACCGCAACUCAAUUUUACUUACCUUUUUCCAGAUGGCACUAAAAUAUCUAUGGAAUAUACUGAAUUAGAUAAAGAAAUUUUAGAUUGGGGAGAGUUUCAUGGUGGUGUGAGUUCUGGAUUGAGAAUAUCUCGGAAAGCAAAGGGCAUUAAUGGCAGCUGGAUAGCCUUUAAUAAUCCUAAGGUUUUGGAUGCACAGCAGGGGGGCUUCUUACUCGGACUUGGUCUCAAUGGGCAUUUGAGAGGAUUAGAAGAGUGGCAUGUUUACAACUACCUAAGUCCCAAAAAGACGCAUGUGAGUAUCGGUUUAUUAUUAGGAAUGAGUGCAAGUAUGAAAGGAACAAUGGAUUUAAAACUUACAAAGGUAUUGAGCGUGCAUAUAGUCGCGUUACUGCCACCUGGAUCUAGUGAUCUUAAUAUUAAUUUGAAAGUACAGACAGCAGGAAUUAUUGGAAUCGGCCUACUUUAUUUAAUGUCGCAUCAUAGAAGAAUGAGUGAGCUCUUAUAUUCGCAGCUUACUUCACUCAUCAUCGUUAAUGAUGAACAGGUGUGCGAUGAAAGCUACAGGAUAGCUGCAGGUAUUUCUCUGGGGUUAAUCAACUUAGGAUCAGGCGAGAACUUUAACUCAAUUAAGAGGGGGCCUAAUAUGACAGAUCAAGAUGAAUCUUUGGAACAAAUAUCUACCAGUAAAACUGGUCCGGAUGAAAAACUUAUUAACGGAUUGCUUCAGAUACUUACCGAAUGUCAUGAUUCAGAGCAAGACUGGAUUCCGGAAAACUCACAAAUAAGCGCUGCUAUCGCACUAAUUCUGAUUUUUUUGAAGACUAAAAACCAUUCAAUUGCAAAUACAAUUAGGCCAAAUCUAAAAUCGAUGCAUAUGAAUUUCCUUCCACAUAUUUUUAUGUAUCGAGAAAUGGCUUUCCAUAUGAUCAUGUGGCAAACUAUCGGAAAGGAUCUAGAUUAUCUGUUGGAAGGGCUAGAAGAUCACAUCGAACCUAAUGUGAAUACUGAUAAUUUACCAACUUACUACAUAAUAUCAGCACGGGCUUUAUCAAUGGGUAUCAAGUAUGCUUCCACUGGCAAUUUGGAUAUGAGGAAUGUACUUAUACACUUGAUCGAUAGGUUUUUACCUUUUUACCAAUAUCCCGGUGAUAACAGGCUCGACUUUAGAUUAACAAUUAUUGGGAUUAACGUGCUAGUGAACGUAUUACUAGUUUCUGUAAGCUUAAUUAUGUGUGGAUCUGGUGAUUUACAGGUAUUUCGACGUAUAAGGUACUUACAUGAGGUAGUGUCCGGCAAACACUCUGACUUGUUUAAAUCCUAUAGAGGAACACAGAAAAACAAAAAGAAAGUCAGAAAAUCAUCUAGGAGGAGUGCAUCAAGUGGUAGAGAAUUUGCAGUUGAUGAUAUGGAUAUCGAGGUAGAAGAAGAUGAUGUAGAAUUAGAACGACAACACCAAGGAAACGAUACUGGAGAAGAAGACGAAGAAAAUGAAGAAUACAUUGAAGAAGAGUCUGCCUUUGCCCCAGGAGAAAACUCCGAAUCUCUUUCAGAUGAAGGUAGCGAGCGAGAUGAAGAUACUACAGGUUUAGGUUCACAAGGCAAUGAUAAGAAAGAUGAUGAGAACCAUUAUGCCAAGUUUCUUGCUUCUACCAUGUCAUUAGGCUUUCUUUUUUUUGGGUCAGGGCAAUACGCUCUAAGGACUUCAGACCAUGAAAGCAUCUCAUACUUAAUUAUUUCGACAUUACCCACGUACAUGUCAACACCUCCAUUACAGGAGACAAAAUACUUUUGGAGUAUGGCUGUGGAACCCCGGUGUCUCAUGUUCAGAGAUGCGAAAACCGAAAUGCCCAUAAACGAUGUAUUUUUUCAGCUGAAAGCCUGCUUCAACGAGGAUAUUUUGGAGGAAAAGAACCUCAAAGCACCUUGCUUACUUCCUGAUAUAAGAAAGAUACAAUCUUUGAAAGUCUCUGAUCCUAAUUACUAUCCACUUGAAAUAUCCUUUGGAGAGAAGCUUAAGGCAACCGACUUUUUCAAGACUGGUAGUAUCGUGUAUAUUCAACGUCGAGAACAAAGUAAUCUCGCAGAUUAUGGUUCCAACAUUGAGUCAACCCAGAGUGUUACAAAUAUCCAGGAGGCAUUAAGAAAAAAGAUGGAAAACAAUUCGCAGACUGUGGGCAACAAGGAAUGCUACUCGAAUAUUGGAGACAAAUUAAUGGAGGAUUUGAAUCUCAAUGACACAACCAUGAUAGAACUGGAGACACUUACCAAUGAAAGGGACGUAUUCACUAAUGAUACGCGUACAUAUGAUCUGGAUAUGUUAUGUUCAGAUGCUAAUAGUGGUGACAUAUCAGAAUUCCAUUUGGAGAUAUGGAGGAAAAAACAUUGUGCAUGA